GCCUCCACUGCCAUCAACGGGUCCCUGCUGGGGCGCAGCUUCAGCCUGGGCGACCUCAGCCACUCGCCGCAGACCGCGCAGAGGGUGGAGAGGAUCGUCAGAGAGGUAAGAGGCCUGUCCGAGGUGCCCGAGAGGGACAAGAAGAUCGCGGCGCUGAUGAUCGCCAAGCACCAGGAGGCCAGCCCCCUGCGGGAGCACCGGACGCAGAGGCAGCGCCUGGUGUGCGAGGAGAGGUGGCGGGAACAAGCGGAGAAGCAGGAGCGGCUGCGGAGGGAGAGGUUGGAGAGGGCCGUCCAGGAGGGCACGCAGAAGAAACUCCAUCAAGAGCACAACCUGAAGGCGAAGGAGGAGGGCAAGAAGGAGCACCGGGAGCGAGAGGAGCAGCUCCUGCAAGAGAAGCUGUCUAUGGCUGCAGAGAAGAGGCUGAAGAAGGAGGUGCAGCUGCAGAAGGAGAAGAAACUGCUCAACCAAGCAGAGAAGCUGAAGCAUGAGGCCUUGCUCAAGGAACUGGCCAAGCAAGAGGCGGAAGAGAAGGAAAUGUUGAAGGCUUCUCUGGAGAUGAGUUUGACUAAAGCUCAGGAAAACUAUGAACAACUAGUGGAGAAGAGGAACCAGGAGCUGAGGGAGAAGGCCAGGCGGGAGGACAUGCAGAUCCAGAGAGCCAAACUGGCAGCAGAGAAGAAGGAAAGGGAACAGAAGGAGCACUUGGAGGCCCUGGCUAGAGAGACAGAGAGAAAGCUCCAGCAUGCUGCCCAGGUGGCUGAAGAGGCUGUCCAAGAAAAAGCCCGCAAGGUGGUCUUGAGCCGCCUGGAGAAGGAGAAGGUGCAGAAGAUGAACAAGCAAAAGGUGGAAGAGUACGAGGACUUACGGCGCAGGGAGAUCCUCCUCUCUAUAGAGAGGAAGCUGGAGAGGAGCGAGCAGAUCUUCAAGGAGAAGAAGACUGUCUUAGAAAAUGCCAGGUCUGUCGCUCGGGCGUCAUUCCAUGUCCGGGAAAGGGUACGGGAGGAGACAAACGUGCGCACCUUUGACAAGAUGGCCUUGGAAGCAGAACUGCAUGCCCACCUGAGUAAGAAAUGA